AUGGACGCCGAAGUGCGUGCCAUUUGCGAGAGAAUCGAUACCGAUCGCAACGGAUGCAUCUCGAAGUUGGAGCUGAUCGCGGCUGUCCAGAAGGAUCCCAAAGUAGCUGCUUUCGUGCUGCCGGAUCAGGACAGUGAACAUCGCAGCGACGAAGAGACCUUCGAUGCGGUAGAUGCGAUCUUUGAUCAGAUUGCCGUCGGCAAGCAGCGCAUUAAGUACACUGACCUGGCUGCGCACUUUGAAAAGGCAAGCGCAGAGAAGAUAGAUAAUACGGAUGAGCUGCGAAAGUUGUAUGACCUCAUUGAUGCAGACAAGAGUGGUUCUAUCUCGAAGCUGGAGAUCAUAGCCGCAGUGGAGGCCAACAAGGAAGUUGCAGACUUCCUUCUGCCCAAUCUGGAUGGUGCUGACCACGUGAUGGAAAGCGAAGCAACUUUCGACAUCAUCAACAGCCUCUUCCAGACCAUCGCUGGCGGCAAGCGGCGGAUAGAUUUUGCGGACUUCAAGGCGUAUUUCAAGAAGGUCACCUCCGUUUCGGCCGCACGGCCCAUUCACCGGGAAAGCACGCGAGUUUUCAUUAUCGGACCAGGAUUUGGACAGAAGCUGAACCCGCGGCAGUCUGCCAUGCUCACGAAUGCCGGAUACCAGGCGCACUUCUGUCAUGGCAUCCCGAACCCUGAGACACCGCACUUCUCGGUUCAGCAGUACUUGGAUCACAUCAAGGAAGAAAUGGAUGCCUUUGGACCUGAUGUAGUAUGCGCAGCAUCCAAGGGAGGCGUCUACCUCAUCGGCCUCUGGCAGACGGGCCUCUGGCGUGGACCGAGCCUCCUGAUCAACGCCCACCCUUCCUGCAAGGAGCUGCCAAAGGGCGUGCCAAUCGUGCUUGCGCAGGGCGGAAAUGAUGAGGUCUAUCCCACUUCACGAGCAGAUCUUGAGCGAUUGAUUUCCACCGGCACUGAAAACAAGUGCUUUCUGUACUAUGCAGGAAACAGCGGGCCCAUGGCGUCUGGACAGCGCACCCGCAUAGGUGACAAGCACAAUAUGGAGUCCCUGGUCUUGCGAGACUGUCUCCCACGCCUCGUUGACGCCACUUUGUGCGCUGAUGGCCCAGAGGCCCACAUGCUCCGCUCCUGGCGAGAGCGGCUCUCCGAGGAGCGACGCGAAGCUGAGCAGUGGAUGGGCUACAGCCCCGAGGUCCUCCGCAAACGCUGGGUGACCCGCGGCAUGGACGAGGAGAAGCUGCAAGAGGUGCUCCCUGGUACCGAGGAGUAUGCGCACGUCAUGGCUAUGUUCAGGGCCACUCCAAAGGAGCCGCCCGUCUAUUCCGUGACGCCGCAGGCGACCUGGGACCAGGUGCAGGUUCGUUCGAUUCAUCGGGUGGAGAACGGACCACAGCUGGACGGAUGCACAAAGCCGUAUUUUGAAUCCCUCCGACGAAACUUGGAGGAUCAGGGUGUUGAGUUCGAGCCCGGCACUCACACGUGCUGGGCCUUCCACGGAGCCCGGAGUGAGGCAAUCGAGUCCAUCGUCAGCAACACGGUCGCGGGCUUCCAGCCCCUGGCAUCAGGCACCCGUGGCGCAAACGUUUGGGGCUCUGGAACCUAUUUUGCCCGCGACGCAAAGUACGUGGCAGAUGGGGGCUUCUGUGGGCAGCCUGCUGCGGAUGGAACACGGCAGAUGUUGGUGUGCCUCCUGAUGACAGGAGUGCCAUGCCUCGGUGAUCCCGACCACAAGGGCGUCUUGCCAUUCCGCAAUAAGCCGCACCGAUAUAACUCUUCCGUGGACAGUCUUUCCAGCCCCGAGAUAUUCAUCGUCCAGCAUCCAGGUGGGGCUCUCCCAGCCUACCUCAUCACUUUUGCUUGA